AUGCGUCACGACCACGUCGACAGCGACGCCGUCCCCGAUCUUGAAUCUCGUGACUUGUCUUGGGAAGGAUGGUACUGGGACGCGCCCGCGCCCGCGCCCGUCCGCGACGGCGUGUCGAGCGUGAGGUCGUGGUUUCCCGCCACGACGAGCGUGAGGGGCGCCUCGUUGAUCGAGGUGAGCAGUAGCUGCAGCGCAGUGUGGUACUCGACAAGCGUGGAGCACUACUGGGUUACAUCGCCGCAGUGGAUGGCGUUGUCGACGGGGCCGAGACUGGACAGGUCGAGGUGCUCGCCGUGCGUGUCGGGAUGA